GGCGCGCGCCGCGGGAAACCUGACAGGCCGCAUGGCUGCGGGUUGUUCAGAGGCUCCGCCGCCGAAGGCGGCCUCUGAGGGACCAGUGGCGGGACCGGCCGGCGUCCUGCCCUGCCUAGAGCUGCCAACCUACGCUGCCGCGUGUGCGCUGGUGAAUAGCCGCUACUCCUGCCUGGUGGCGGGGCCGCACCGAAGACACAUCGCGCUUUCGCCGCGCUACCUUAACAGGAAACGCACCGGUAUCCGAGAACAGCUCGAUGCGGAACUCCUGCGCUACUCCGAGAGCCUUUUAGGUGUCCCCAUUGCAUAUGAUAACAUCAAAGUGGUAGGUGAACUGGGAGAUAUUUAUGAUGAUCAAGGACACAUUCAUCUAAACAUUGAAGCAGAUUUUGUUAUUUUCUGCCCUGAGCCAGGGCAAAAGCUUAUGGGUACAGUUAAUAAAGUGUCUUCUAGCCACAUUGGCUGUUUAGUACAUGGGUGUUUCAAUGCCUCCAUCCCUAAACCUGAGCAGAUGCCAGCUGAGCAGUGGCAGAUCCUAGAGAUAAAUGUGGGUGAUGAACUAGAAUUUGAAGUAUUUCGUUUGGACUCAGAUGCUGCUGGAGUAUUCUGCAUUCGGGGAAAAUUAAAUACCUCUAGUUUACAAACCAAGUGCUCUACAGUUUCUGAAGAAGUAACAGAAACUGGCAGUGAAGAAAUUGUAGAAAAACCUCUGAAGAAGAAAAAGAAAAAGAAGACAGACCCAGAGCCAUAUGAAGUGGAGAGUGAUAACAGAGAACUAGCAGAUUUUGCAGAUGCCAAUGUGAAAGAAGAGACAAACCUGCAGAUUAAUAAUACGAAUGGCUUCCAGAACGAAGAGCCAAAGAAGAAGAAGAAGAAAAGGCACCAGGAGGACCAGGAUCCUGUUUUCCAAGGUAGUGACUCCAGUGGUUACCAGAGUGACCAUAAAAAGAGAAAAAAGAAAAGAAAACACAGUGAGGAAGCUGAAUUUACCCCACUUUUGGAACACUCAUCUAAAAAGAAAAGGGAAAAGUAAUUCCUUUAGUGCAUUUUACUCAGCUUUUUGAAGAUUGAUUUACAUACAGUAGACGAAUAAAUGUGGGAAUCAUAUGAAAUGCUUGUGUAUUCCAGUAGUCUGCAAAACAGGAAACAUUUCAUUAGUAGGAAUUUUGGUGCUAAAGUGGUAAUUACUUUAGGAAAUACCAAUAUUAUCAAACUGCCAUUUUAUUGUAUACAGAAUAAGAGGAUAAGACCUCUCUCAAGUCUUGCAUUUUUCCAGUUUUUACAUGCUACAUAAAAUUAUUUCUGUCAUCUGAAGACUGGUAAAGGACUUUGUAAUAGAGUGUUAUUUGUAUCAUUACCGAAUGGUUUUGAGGUUGUGUAUUUUUUAGUAGGUUUGACCUUCAGUCAUAAUAUUAUAUGAGAUUUUUAGAUUUUCUUUUCUCUGGCUACUAUGAGAUUUCUCUGGUUCAAUUUAGAAUGGUUUGCCAAAGGAGCUCUGAAGUCUCCAGAGCUCAUUAGAACCAUGCCACUAUUGACAGUGGUAGGAAACAUUGUUCACUGUUCUUCCCUUCCGGAUGUAUGUUGGUUUUUGUUUCUGGUGUUUUUUUUUGUAUAAGAGGUUGAUGUAGAGGGCUCUUCUCUUAUACUUGUUUAUGUGUGCCUCAGCUGUAAAUGCCAUUCUUACUAGUAGGAAAUUUCUCAACUACUUUAUAAUAAUUGGGUUAAGGUAUUAAAAAUGAUUCUUAAGAGAAAAUUGCACUGCGAAAUGUGGACUGUGUCUUAACUACAGGAAAACACUGAUGAAAUGACAAGCUGGUUCAGGCUGAUAAUCAAUGCAUGGCCACAUUCAUUGAUUGAACAGUACCUGACCACUUUGCUGUGUGUAAAACAUUCUACUAAGGAACAGAUGUAUAAUGACUGUAGUUCCUUCCCUUAUGUAGUGUCAUAGGAGAAACAGAUGCACGCAUGCACAAUAUAUAUAAGUAAAAUACAGAAAGGCAGUAAUUCUGGGAAGUACUAAAAACAAGAGUGUCUACUGAAUGUUAAUUGUAUUAAUAUCUGUAAAUGGAUGAAUGGUUGAAAUGAAUUUCAAGUGGCAACCAUUUUGUUGCCGUUUAUUAUCAGAUGUAGUACUGGUCUCACACUAUUAAAUUUUACUAACAUAUAAAUUCUGCAGAAAGUGUAUCUUGAUCCAAAUCUAUAGUACUAGAAUACAGAGUUUGGAGAGUAGCAUACGUUCACACGCUUGUUCUUAAUUAAAUUAAGAAGACCAGACAAUGGACCAGGCCAAUUUCUUUUUCUACAGUUUAGUGUGGGUAUUGAGCCCUUAAAAUAUGGCUAAUGCAAAUUGACCUGCUAUCAGUAUAAAAUACAAGAUUUUGAAGAUGUACAAAGAAUGUAAAUUAUCUCAGUUUUGUAUUGGUGAAAUUCUAUUUUUGGUAUAGUGUGUUAAAUAAUGUUAUAUCUAGCUUUUUUUCAUUUUCUGGCUAGAAGAUUAAAAAUUGUAGGUGAAGCUAUUUUGUUUAGGAUUUUUGCAUUUAGGGUCAUCAGAGAUACUGGUCUAUAGUUUUUUUUUUGUUUGUUUUUGGUAUUGUCUUUAUAUGAUUUUGGUGUCAGGGUAAUUCUCAACAAAAUAUUGUCAAAAAAAAAAAAAUCUAAUACAUUAAAACAAAUCAUUCACCACAAUCAAAGGAUUUAUUCCAGGGAUGUAAGUGUGUUCCAAUAUAUGCAAGUCAGUCACCUUAUACAUCACAUUAAGAGAAAGGAUAAAAACCAUAUGAUCUUCUCAGUGGAGGCAGAAAAAUCACUUCAUAAUAAAAACUCUUUUAACAUUGUAGGUUUAGAGGCUACAUACCUCAACAUAAUAAAAACCAUCUAUGAAAAACCCACAGCUAACAUCAUACUCAUUGGUGAAAGAUUGAGGUUUUUUUUCCCCUCUAAGAUAGGAACAAGGAUAUCCCCUUUCACCACUUCUCUUCAACAUAGUACUGAAGUCCUCACUGUCUUAUACCAUACAAAAAUUCAAGAUGGUUUAGUAAAGACCUAAAUUUGGGACCUAAAACCAUAAAAUUUCUGGAAGAAAACACAGGCACUAAUUUUUGAUAUUGUUCAUAGCAACAGUUUUCUAGGGAUGCCUCCUCAGGCAAGGGAAAUAAGCAAAAUAAAACCAGUCAGACUACAGGAAAAUGAAAGGCUUUUGUAAAGCAAAGGAAACCAUCAAUAAAACAAGGCAAGCUACUGCAUGGGAGAAGGUAUUUGCAAGUGCUAUAUCUAAUUAGGAGUUAAUAUCCAAAAUAUAUAAAUAAAAAAUGGGCAGAGGACCUGAAUAGACAUUUUUCCAAAGGAGACAUAUAGAUGGCCAACAGACACAUGAAAAGAUGCUCAACAUCAGUAAUCAUCAGGGAAAUGCAAAUCCAAACCAUGAGACAUCACUUUACACUGGUUAGAAUAAAAAAGACAAGAAACAAAAAAAGACACCAACAAGUGUUGGUGAGUAUGUGGAGAAAAGGGAACCCUGGUGCACUAUUUUGGGAAUGAAAACUGGUGCAGCCAUUGUGGAAAUUGUAUGAAGGUUCCUCAAAAUUAAAAAUAGACACGGGGCGGGGCGCCUGGGUGGCUCAGUCGGUUGGGCGUCCAACUUCAGCUCAGGUCAUGAUCUUGCGGUUUGUCAGUUCGAGCCCUGCGUUGGGCUCUGUGCUGACAGCUCAGAGCCUGGAGCCUGCUUCAGAUUCUGUGUCUCCCUCUCUCUCUGCCCCUCCCCUGCUUAUGCUGUCUCUCUUAAUAAUAAAUAAACGUGGAAGAAAAAAAUAGACACGGACUUCUAGGAAGACGGUGGAAGAUCAUAAGCUCAACUUUCCCAACACUCACACCAAGAUAACCACAUCAGUGCAGCUAAUUCAGAAAAUGACCGGAAAUCUAGCAGAAUAGACUUCCUACUGUUAAUCGUAGAGAAGAGACCACAUCUAAAAGGGUAGAAGAGGUGGAAACAUGGUUGGGAAUCAAGCCCUUGGUGAGACUUAACCAGUAAUGGGAGAGACCCCUACAAGCAUGGAGAAUCAAGAGUAUCAGACCUCACAUGAGGCACCAGGGACCUGCACAAGGAAGACGAGUCCCCUUAACAUGUGUCUUUGAAAGCCAGUGGGACUUUGUGAGUUUUACAAUCGUCAGGGCAUAACAUGGAGUACUUUAAAAAUCAGCAUACUUAACUCCAGGAGAGCCUGAGGGCCAUAGGAAACUGAGUCCCUGCCCAUAAAGGCCCCUAACAUGGCUGAGAUACAGCACAGAAACAGCAGUGUAAAAAGUACGUAGGAUAUACGUGAAGAUUUAUUUGCUAAUCUCAAGGUGUGCUGGAGAGGCAGGGACCUUUAGAAGACUCCUCCAAGAACAAAAUAUUUGACAGGUACCAUUUCUCCCCACCCCCAGGUCAGAUAGCAAACACUUGUUAGAACCCACACACACUCUAUCUUACUAAGAUCUCAUGCUCCAUCUGCAUGUUCUGCAUUUUUUCCCCAUCCAACUCACCCCAUUUGGCAGGUGUCUCCAAAGUAGUUCCUGUGCCAAUACACCCUGCAAGCAGCCCCAGUAGGAACUGGCACCACUCCAAAGUGACUCCUGCCCUGGGGAUAGGGGAAAAUAACCACACACACCAGUGUGCCCACAUAUCCAGCAGCUCUUACAGCUGGCAGCACAGAGAAUGCCCUGCUUAUCAGUGGAAUUGCAGCCUCAGCAGAAGGACUGGGAGCAGGCAUUGGGCCUCACUGCAAGCCUCGACCUACCAACAGAAGCCUCCAAGGGAAUAAGCAAGUGAGAAUGCUUUGCCUAUGCAUGGACUACAGCCCUGGUAGAUGAGCUGAGGGUAGGCAUCUGGUCUGACCACUGAUACGACCCAACUCUAGGACCAUGGUGACCCCCACACCAUCCCCUUAACAGUAUAGGGUCCAAACCCUGCCCAUUGUACCCCCAACAGGCAAAGUAGCCUCUUGCAACUGACUAGACUGAAGGCGAACAUGUGUCACCAACAACAGUACAGCACAAACAGCCCACAUAGGAGAUAGCUCUGAAGCACCUGGUCCUGGUGAAUGGGAGGUAUUGCCCUAUAGGGCAUACCUGGAACUCUUCUUCCUAAGGCCACUACUUUCAAGAGCAGGUGAUGUAGCUCACUUCCCUAAUUCUUAAAACCAGACAAAAGGAGACUAUGAGCCAAAUGAAAGAACAGCGCACAAUCACAGCCAAAGGGCUAAAUUAAUUGGAGACCGUAAUUCCCAAUAGAGAAUUUGACCUAAUAGUCAAAAAGCCACUCAGUGGACUUGAUGUGAGAGUGGAGGAUCUCAUUGAGAGCUUUGACAAAGAUAUAGAAAACACAAAAAGGAACCAGAGAUGAUGAACUAAAUAACUGAAAUUAAAAAUAGACCAGGGGUGCCAGGGUGGCUCAGUCACUUAAACAUCCAACUCUUGAUACCGGUUCAGGUCAUGAUCUCACAGUUCAUGAGUGUGAGCCCUGCCUUGGGCUCUGUGCUGACAGCAUUGGGAUUCUCUUUCUCCCUCUCUCUUUGCCCCUCCUCCACUUGCUUUUUCUGACUCUCAGAAGUGAAUAGAUAGAUGGAUAGAUGGGUGGAUGGAUAGAUGGAUGUGUAGACACACACACACACACACACUAGAAAGAAUAAAUCAAUACUAGACUACAGGAAUCAGAAUGAUCAGUGAUACGGAAGAGAGAGUAAUGGAAAGCAACCAAGCUAAACAAAAAGAAAAAAAAAUGAGAUGAAGGGAUCUUGGCAACAUCAUCAAGCGUAAUACAUUUGCAUUAUAAAGAUCUCAGAAAAAGAGAGAGAUAUAGGCAGUAAAAUUUGAAGAAAUAAUAGCUGAAAACUUCCCUAAUCUGGAGACGAAAGCAGACAUCUGGAUCCAGGAGUCACAGAGAACCCCAAUCAGAGGUACACACCAAGACAGUAAUUAAAAUGGCAAAAAGUACUGAUAAAAGAAUUUUAAAGCAGUAUGAGAAAGUUACAUACAAAGGGAAGCCCAUAAAGUUAGCAAUAAGUUUUCAGCAGAAACUCUAGACGCUAGGGAGUGCCAUGAAAUAUUCCAAGUACUGAAAAGAAAAAAAUCUGCAACCAAAAACACACUACUCAGCAAGGUUAUAUAUUGGAAUAGACAGAUCGUUUCCCAGAGCAACAAAAAUUAAAGGAAUUUAUCAAUAAACCAGCCUUACAAGAAAUGUUAAAGGGGAUUCUUUGGAAAGAAAAAACCAUAAUCAAAGAAAAUUAUGAAAGCAAAAAUUUCACAGAUAAAUGCAAACAAGAGUAUAUUAAUCUCUUAUAAAACUAGAAUGGAGGUCAAAGCACUUAGGCAGGAAAAUCAUCUAUGAAAAUAAGUCAAGUGUUUCACAAAAUAAGAGGAUGAAAAGUAUGAUAUGUACUAAAAUGUGAGAGAUCAAAGUAAAAAUGCUUUUAGAAUGGGUUAAAACUUAAGCUAGCCAUUAACUUAAUAUAGACUGCUAUACACCUAAGAUAUCUAUGAACCUAAUGGUAACCAAAAUUGAAAACCUGUAACACAUGCGCAAAGAAAAAGAAAAGGAAUCCAGGAGAGCAGAUGGCAGUAGAGAAAGGACCCCAGGCUCACCUCUUGCCAAGAAUACAACUAGGUAACUAUCACAUCAUCAUAAAUACCCCAGAAACUGACCUGAAGACUGGUAAAACAAGCUCCAUAACUAAAGGUCAACAAGAGGCCUCACCGAAGAAGGUAGCAAAUAAGGACAUACAGAGAUGUGGUUUGGAAGAGAAAUGGAUCGUGGCCACUGCAGUGGGGAGGGAGUUACAGUCACAGGGAAAGGGGUGGGGGAGACAGACUAGCAUACAGGGGAGUACACCAAGAAGAGGAAGCCCCAUAGCAAUUCGUUUGGAAAGCCUCUAGGGAGCUGAAUUUCCUGACUUCUUGCAACAGGCAGGGCUUAAAGCCUGGAGUUCUAAAGGUCAGUGGCUUUACUUGGACAGAGCCCAGAGGGCAGUGUACUGCUCUUGGAGAGAAGGCAGGACAGACAGUCCACAGACCUACAGUGUGGAAACAGUGAUCCAAAGAGUACCUGGGGCACACAGUAGGGAGUUUAUUUGCUUAUAUCACAGUGUGUCCCAGAGAGGCAUUAAUAGAGAGAUCCCUCUGAGAAUAAACUGGCAGGUGCCAUUUCCCUCUCCUACCUACCACUCAGCAUAAGUACAGGCCACUUACGGGAACCAGCACAGCACCAACAAUUGCUACCAAACUUGAUUACACCAAGCCCUGCCUUCCCAUGGUCUGGUUGAACUGCCCUUCCCAAUCACACAUGCCUCCGUCCCAGCAGGGCAGGCCCCCUCCCCCAGAGGACUGGCCCAAACCUCUGCCAACACCACAUUUCCUGACCCAAGAGUUUUGCAGGACCUCAGUUCUGUUGGCAGACCAGAGUCCACCUAGUUACAAUGUACCACAUUCAGGCCAGAGACCAAACACUGCCCACAACAGGCAAAGACAGCCUCUGCAGACUGGCAUGACAAAUAAAGCAGCCAAGAAAAAACAGCAGAGCACACACAGCACACUUUGGAGACACUCAGAAGCACCAGGCCCUGGGGAACAGGAGACACUACACAGCAGGACACUGUAGGACCUCUUCUUCAUAAGGCCAUUACCCUCAAGAAUAGGAGACAUAGCUGACUUUCUUAACACACAAAAACAGGCACAGAGACUUAGGCAAAAUGAGAAGACCGAGAAAUGUGUCCCAAGUGAAAGAACGGGAUAAAGCCACAGCCAGCGAUCAAAGUGAAACAGAUAUAAGUAAUGUGCCUGAGGGAGUAUUUAAGCAAUGAUCCUAAGGAUACUCACUGGACUGAGUUACAUACAACAGACACCCCAUAAGGCUAUCAGUGGAUGUUUCAGCAGACACUUCAAGCUAUAAAGGACUAGCACGAUAUAUUCAGAGUGCUGAAAGGAAGAAAUCUGGAGCCAAGAAUACUCUAGCCAGCAAGGCUAUCAUUCAGAAUACAAGGAGACCUAAAGAGUUUCUCAGACAAAAACUAACGGCAUUCAAGACCACUAAACCAGCCCUCCAAGAAAUACUAAAGGGGACUGUGAGUGGAAAGCAAAGACCAAAAAUGACAGCAUGAAGGCAGGAACAAGAGCAGUAAAAAUUCUUAUUUCUAUAAAAAAUCAGUUAAGGAAGUCUCAAAAUAAAAGAAUGUGGAAUAUGACAACAUGUAUCUAAUAUGUGGGGAGUAAAGAAUGGGAUUAAACUUAAAUGACCAUCAACUUAAUAUGGAUUGCUAUAUGCAGAAGAGGUUAUAUACACAUAUAAUGGUAACCAUAUAUCAUAACCACUAACACACAUGCAAAGAAUAAAGAAAUCCAAAUAUAUCACUAGAGCAAACCAGCAAACCAUAAAAGAAAGAUAAAGUUUCAGAGAAAAUCUUCAGAAACCACCACAAAACAGGUAAUAAAAUGACACAAUGUAUUAAAAAGUAAGACCCAUCUACUUGCUGCCUACAGCAAACUCAUUUUAUACCUAAAGACACCUGCAGAUUCAAAGAGGGAAUGGAAAAGCAUCUAUCAUACAAAUGGAUAUCAAAAGAAAGCCACAGUGGCAAUACUUAGACAAAAUAGACUUUAAAACAAAGACUGUAGGGGCGCCUGGGUGGCUUGGUUGGUUGAGUGUCCGACUUCGGCUCAGGUCAUGAUCUCACGGUCCGUGAGUUCAAGCCCCGCGUCGGGCUCUGUGCUGACAGCUCAGAGCCUGGAGCCUGUUUCAGAUUCUGUGUCUCCCUCUCUCUGUGACCCUCCCCCGUUCAUGCUCUGUCUCUCUCUGUCUCAAAAAUAAAUAAAAACGUUUAAAAAAAAUUAAAAAAAAAAUAAAACAAAGACUGUAAUAAGAGACAAUGGACACAACAUAAUAAAGAGGACAACCCAACAGGAAGGUAUAAUAAUUGUAAAUAUGCACUUAAUAUGGGAUGACCCAAGCAAAUAAAACAGUAACAAACAUAAAGGAACUAAUCAUUAAUACAAUAAUAAUAGGGGACUUUAACACCACACUUAAAUCAACAAACAUAUGAUCUAAACAGAAAAUCAACAGGGUAACAGCAGCUUUGAAUGCCGACUGGACCAGAUGAAUUAAACAGAUAUAUUCAGAACAUUACAUUCUUAAAACAGUAGAGGGGUACUCAAUCUAUUAAGUGCCCAACUCUUAAUUUUGGCUCAGGUCAUGAUCUCACAGUUUGUGGGAUGCCCCAUGCUGGGCUCCUUGCUGUCAGCACGGAGCCUACUUGGGAUUCUCUCUCCUCUCUCUUUGCCCAUCCUCUACUCAUCAUCUCUCUCUCUCAGAAUGAAUAAACAUUAAAAAAUAAAACAACAGAAUGCACAUUUUUUUUUCAAGUGCACAUGAAACAUUCUCCAGAAUAGGUUACAUGUUAGAUCACAAUUAUCAGCAAAUUUUUAAAAGAUUCAAAUGAUAACAUGCACCUUUUCUGACCACAGUGGCAUGAAACUAGAGUUCAAUCACAAGAAAAUAAUCUGCAAAGAACACGAAUAGCAUGGAGGUUAAAUAACAUGCUACUAAACAAUGAAUGAGUCAACUGCAAAAUCAAAGAGGAAAUGAAAAAAAAAAUACAUGAAGACAAAUGAAAAUGAAAACACAGCUGUUUAAAACCUUUGGUAUGCAGCAAAAGUGGUUCUAACAGGCAAGUUUAGAACAUAGGCCUACCUCAAGAAAAAGACCCAACAACCUAACCUUAUACCUAUGAGAGAGAGAGGUAAAGAAUAAACAAAGAAUAAAAAAAGCCCAAAGCCAAUAGAAGGAAGGAAAUAAUAAAGAUUAAAGCAGAAAUAAAUGGCACAGAAACUUAAACAGUAGAAAGAUCAAUGACAGCAGGAACUCCUUCUCUGAAAAGAUCAACAAAAUUAACAAACCUUUGGCCAGACUUAUCCAAAAAGAGGAGAGAGGGCUCAAAUUCAGAAGUGAAGGAGAAGAAAUAGCAACUGACACCAAAGAAAUGCAAAGGAUUAUAAGAGGCUAUUAUGAAAAAUUAUAUGCCAACAAAUUGGACAACCUAGAAGAAAUGGAUACAUUCUUAGAAACAUUUAACUUUCCAAAACAAUGAGGAAUAAAAAAAUUUGAAUAGACGGACUACUAGCAAUGAAAGUGAAUCAGUAAUCAAAAAACUCCCAAGAAAGCAAAAGUCCAGGACCAUAUGGCUUCUCAGGUGAAAUGUACCAAACAUUUAAAGAAGAGUUAAUACCUAUUCUAAACCCACCCCAAAAAAUAAAGGAGGAAGGAAAGCUUCCAAAUUCAUUCUAUGAGGCCAAUAAUAAAUACCAUGAUACCAAAACUAGAUAAAAGACACCUCAAAAAAAAAAAAAGGCUAAUAUUUCUGAUAACCAAAAUCAAAAGUACUCAACAAAGUAUUAGCAAACCAAAUCCAACAGUACAUUAAAAAAAAAAAAAAUCAUUCACCACAGUCAAGAAGGAUUUAUUCCAGGAUUGCAAAUCAGUCAAUGUGAUACAUCACAUUAGGAAAGGAUAGAGGCACCUGGGUGGUUCAGUCAGUUAAGCGUCUGACUUCAGCUCAAGUCAUGAUCUUGUGGUUUUCCAAGUUCGAGCUCCACAUUAGGCUCUGUGCUGACAGUGCAGAGCCUGCUUGGGAAUCUGUCUCUCUUCUACCCUCUGUCCCUCCCUCCCUCCCCCUCCCCCUUUCAAAAUAAAUAAAAACUUUAAAAAAAAAGGAAAGGAAGGAUAAAUACGAUAUGAUUAUCUCAAUAGAUGCAGAAAAAUCAUUUGACAAAUGCAACAUCCAUUAAUAAGAACUCUCAACAGUGUAAGUUUAGAGAGAACAAACCUCAAUGUAAUAAAGGCCAUAUAUGAAAAACAUAUAGCUACCAUCAUACUGAAUGGUGAAAACCUGAGAGCUUUUCCUCUAAGAUCAAGAACAAGAUAAGAAUGUACAUUUAAACCAUUUCUGUUCAACACAGUACUGGAAAUCCUAGCCACAGCUUCAGAUAAGAAGAAAAGGCAUCCAAACUGGCAAGGAAGAAGUAAAACUUUCACUACUUGCAGAUUAUAUGAUACAUUAUAUAGAAAAUUCUAAAUAUUCUAGUGAAAAACUACCAGAAUUGAUAAAUUCAUUCGGUAAAGUCACAGGAUACAAAAUUAAUAUACAGAAAUCUGUUGCAUGUCUAUACACCACUAGUGAAGUAGCAGAAAGAGAAACUAAAAUCUCAUUUACAAUUGCACCAAAAUAAUACAAUAUCUAGGAAUAAACUUAACCCAGGAGGUGAAAGAGUUGUACUCCAAAAACUAUAAAAUUUUCAUAAAAGCAAUUGAAGAUGACACAAGCUAUUCCAUGCUCAUGGACUGGAAGGACCAGUAUUGUUAAAAUGUCCAUAAUACUCUGGUUUCUCUUCAGAUCGUAUAAAUCUUUCACCUGUUAAAAUGUCCAUACUACCCAGAACAAUCUACAGAUUUAAUGCAAUCCCUAACAAAAUGCAACAUUUUUCAGAGAGCUACAACAAAUAAUCCUAAGAUUUGUAUAAAAUAACAAAAGACUCUGUACAGCCAAAGAAAUCUUGAGAAAGAAGAAUCUGGAGUUGUCAAAAUCCCAGAUUUCAAGAUAUACAAAGGUGUAUUAAAACAGUAUAGUGCUGGCAUAAAAAUAUACCUUUAGAUCAACAGAGCAGAACAGGGAGGCCAGUAAUAAACUCAUGCUUACAUGGUCAAGUAAUAUGUGUCAAAGAAGCCAAGAGUAUACAAUGAGGAAAAGACAGUCUCUUCAACAGUGCUGAGAAAACUGGAGAGCUACAUACGAACAAAUGAAACUGAACCACUUUCUUAAACCGUACACAAAAAUGACUUAAAUGUGAAACCUAAAGCCGUAAAACUCCUGUAAGAAAACACAGUCAGUGAUUUUUGAUGUUGGCCAUAUCAACAUUUUUCUAGG